AUGGAAGGAAAGGGACUGAAGCUAUACGGGACGCGGUGCAGCGGCUUCUGCCUCAUGGUGGAGCUGGCGCUCAAGCUUAAGGGGUUGACCUACGAGUUCGUUGAAGAAGAUCUCCGCAACAAGAGCGCGGCCCUCCUCCGAUACAACCCUGUCCACCGGAAGGUGCCGGUCCUCGUCCACGAUGGCGAGCCUAUCUGCGAGUCCCAAGUGAUCCUCCGCUACAUCGACGAGACCUUCAGCGAGCCCCCGCUCCUCGCCGGCGCCCCUCUCCGCCGAGCCCGCGUCCUCUUCUGGGUCGAUUUCUUCGUCCACACGGUACCCCCCAUCUCUCUCCCUAUGUGUGUUUUACCCUGUUGGGAUUAUUCUAUUCUAACGACCUAAAAAAUGGUACAGCUGAUGCCGGCGAGCAGGACGGCGGUGGUUUCGCAGGGAGAGGAGUUGACCAGGGCUCUCGAGGAGCUCCGACGGGCGGUGAAGACGAUGGAGGAUGGGCUGCAGCGCGACUUCCCCGGCGAAGGGCCGUUCUUCGGCGGGGCGACGCCGGGGCUGCUCGACGUGGUCUGCGGACCGAGCUCCGUCGGCGUUCCUGCCGUCGAACAGCUCCUCGGCCUGAAACUUGUCAACAUGGAGACCGCGCCGUUUAUGUCCUCGCGCAUGACGGCGUUCGCACAGCUCGACGCCGUCAAGGAGACGCUGCCGCCGCGCGACGUGUUCUUCGAGUACGCGAAGAAGAUCAGAGAAAUGGUCCUGGCGUCUGCUCGCAAGUGA